AUGACAAAAGCUAUUAUUCUGGGUCCUCUUGAGAGAAUGAAGAUUAUCAUGCAAGUCAAAAACAUCGCUUUACUUGCCAAUCCACUUGACAAGCCCAAGAACACCAUAGACCUAUCCAACAGGAUUAAUGCUUAUGUGUACAAGAUAGCAUUGCAGCACAGUAUGAAGUUCUUUUUGUACGAGACAGUCUUCCAGGAACUCAAAAAUGACAACAAUCCUUUCGUGAGUUCAAUGGGUGCUGCUAUGCUGACAGCAUUAUUCACUACAACUGUUACAUAUCCAUUAGAUUUGGUUCAUGGCAGAAUGGCUGCUGACAUGAGCAAGAAGCCCACAGUGUUUCAAGACAAGAAUGCUCCUCAGUAAAAGAGUCAUAAACUGUAUGCAUCUGUAAGAGACUGCUUGACAAAAACUCAAAUGGAGGUAGGAGUCACUCAGGGCAGUCGAGUCAAGAACAUAUUCAGAGGAUAUCCAAGUGCUAUUGUAUCUCAAGUUCCUUACACUAUGGUGCUAAUGGGAACUUUUGAGGGACUUAAAUCAGCUACUGAUUAAUAAAACACUCUUUAUAGUUAGAGAGAUGGAGGGCCAUUUAUCAUGAAGUUUAUUAAUAGAUUUGGACCCUCAACUCUGGCAUUGUUGCUGGCUUAAGGUUUGUGCUAUCCAUUCGACACAGUCAAAAGAAGAAUGCAGUUGAACGGUUCUUAAGGUCACAGAAAUAUAUAUAAAAGUGACCUUGAUUGCUUUAAAAAGGUAUUGAGAGAUGAGGGAUACAGAGGAUUAUAUGGGGGUUUCAGUGUCAAUUUAGUCAGAUGUUUCCCAAUGGUUAUAGUCCAGUAUAUUUGCUUUAAGGGCUUUAGAUUCAUUUCAGCUCAGAAAGAUAAGUACAACAAUAGAAACACCACCGGUAUUAUACCUAAAUUUGACGAGGGCAAUACUCCUGUGUCCCAUCACGAUAUGCGCUAGAGAUUUUCAGAGCCCAUCCAAUUUUCCCGAGAGGACUCGCAAGCCAUCCCCUUUAUCAAAUUUCUUCCCUAAGAAGGCAGAUUCGAAUUGAACCCAGAAGCAGGAGAGUUUUUAUAAAGUCUCAAGGAUAUCAAACUGGGAGUAGUCGCAGUUUGUGGCAAAUAUAGAACAGGAAAGUCUUAUUUGCUCAAUAAGUUGUUCGUCGAGACUUACUUUCAAAAUUUAAGCAACACUUCUAUUAUAGGCGGAAAUACAACAUAAGCUAAAUCCAGCACUAACCUCGAUUAAGAACUGGGAGAAAAUUCUCAGUUAAAUAAAACUGCAACUGGAUUUUAAGUCUCACCCACUAUCAACCCAUGCACUAAGGGUUUAUGGAUAUGGAAAAAAGUUAUAUACUCAGAUUAGAACGAUUGCCCAAUGAUUGUCAUUGACACAGAGGGAUUAGGGGCCUUUGACGAAGAUGAAAAUCACGAUGCUAAAAUUUUCCUUCUGGCUUUACUGUUGUCUUCACUUAUAAUUUACAACAGUGUGGGCACUAUUGAUGAAAAUGCUUUGAAUAACUUGUCACUUGUAAUUAACCUAUCAAAAAAGAUACAGUUAAAGAACAGACAAGAAACUCCAGAUGAUAUAGAUGAACUAGCCUCAAUUUUCCCUACUUUCCUUUGGGUUUUGAGGGACUUUACUCUGAAACUUGUGGAUUCAGAGGGCAACAGAAUAUCCUCUAAGCAGUAUCUCGAGAAUGCACUCAAAGAGUAAAAGGGGUGUUCAGAGGCAAUUGAAUAGAAAAAUAGAAUUAGGAGACUUUUAAAGCAUUUCUUUCAGGAGAGAGACUGCUGCACUCUAAUCAGACCGACUGAAAAGGAAAAAGAUCUUUAAGACUUGGCAAAGCUUAAGGAUAGCAAUCUAAGAAAAGAUUUCAUAGAGCAAAUGAACAGAUUAAAAUAAAAAGUUAUGACUAAGGUCAAAGUAAAGGUAAUGAACGGCCACUAACUCAAUGGGCCAAUGAUUGUUGAGUUGGCUCUUUCAUACAUUAAUGCUCUAAAUGAUGGAAAAGUGCCUAAUAUUGAGAAUGCUUGGUCGAAUGUCUGCAACUUCGAGUAGGAGAGAGCUUUCAAGGAUUCAAUUUCGUACUUUGAGUUUCAGGUUAAGGAGAAGGUCAGAAAUUAAUAUGAAGAUAUUGGCUAUCAAAACAUCAAAACUGUUCUUAAUGAAAUCAAAGAAUCAGCAUUGCAAUUUCUUAAGAAUAAAUUCCUAGGUGAUUAAAAAAGCAUUUCUGAAUUUGAGAAAAAGCUAAAGGACAAGAUUAAGCACUAGAACAAGAUAAUAGUCAAAGAGAUAUAGCAGAAGAUAGACUAAUAAAUCAAUCAAACCAUCAGUUCAGUAUUUUAAACACAAAUCGAAGAUAAGGUGAGAAGAGGCAAUGAAGAUGUGGAUUCAUUCGAAAAAAUCUAGUCAGAGAUUGAGCAGGCACUUACCAUUGUGCAAAUCAAGUUCAUCAACGAUAAUGAAAGAGUGGAGUAACUUUAUAGGAAAUACACUCAGACAAAGAUCUUUAGACUGCUUGAAACUCUCAGUGAUAAUGAUAAGAGAGAGAGCUAAGUCUAAGUCAGACUCUUGCAGGAAAAACUAAGCAUGAACGAGUCAUAAAUAAACUAAUUAAAGCAGGAGAAAUCUCAGAAUUCUGAAUUCAGCCAAGCAUAAAAAGAUAAAGAUGAACAAGAGAGAUCUAUGAUGAUGAAGAAUCUGAAAUUUAUGGAACAAAAAAUAAGACUUCUUGAAGAUAAGUUGUCUGAAGCAAUGAACUCUUUGAAAUUUUACAGAGGCAGAGAGUACAAAGACCAAGGCGUCCAAACCUAAAAGAAAGGCGACAAAGACAUAUAGGUCCUGGAUGAAAAUCAGUAUCAGUUUAACACUGAUUCCUACACUCACAACUUUAACCGCACUUCACAGCUUAACUUUACUCUAACUGAGAAGUUUAGUCUCUAGCAAAUGCCUGAAUAAGAAAUCAUAGAGAAGUUGCCUUUAACGAUUAACUAGCUAGAGCAAAACAGAAAGCUCUACAAUGAUAUAUUAGAUGCUCUAAACAACCAGAGUAAACAGAUAUCUCAAACAAUGAGUGAUGAAUUCAGUUAGAUUUUAAACAAUAACUAGGCUUUAUCUAGAGCAAUUGAGCAAGCUGAGAAAAGAUCCUUAAUUCUGGAGAAAAAGCUGGAAAAGAAAGGCAAGUAUGAAAGUCUUAUCAAGCAUUGCUAAAGACUUUAAUGCAACGGCUGCAGUAAACUAUAUACUCCAAUGUUAUUCGUGAGUCAUUACCUCUUGUGCAAAAAGUAACAGCAUUUGAGAUCAUCAAUAAUAAACGAGAACGGAGGUCAAGGCAUUUAAGAAGAGGAUAAAGAGGAUUCACAAUCAGUCAUUGAAGAGCAAUUCCUGGCUAAGAUAGUAGACAUGAAACAAAUUCAUCUCGAAAUGAGAGGAGAUGACUUUAGUUCGCAAGAUGAAUACAGCAACAAUGAAGUUACUUCGUAAAACUCAGAUGAGCUAGUUACUAUUAUUGAUGGAGUAAACAUGGGCCCCUUACCUCUGCAACUAAGAUAGUAGCAUAUUGCUCAAUAGUUCUGUUCCAUUGAGUUCAAGUUCUGUGUGCUCUUUAAGGGCAGCAUUUGGUAUAUCCACAGAACUCUUCAUUUCAUUAAGAAUGUUAUGAAUAGGAUAUAAAGAGAUAAAAACAACACUGAGUAAGAGCAAUGCUAGAUAGCCAAAUGGCUUCUCGAAAUUGAGAGGAACGAGAUGGAAGAAAACUAUCAGAGAAUAUCUGAGAUUAUUGAGAUGUUCUUCUCAAUGCUACAUAGGAAGAUCAUUGACAAUCAUCUUUCUAUGACCUCAGCUAGUUUGAAUAUGGAGGAUUAAGAUGAAGAUCAAAACUAGCAUGGCAAGUUUUUGUACUUCACUGAGUUCAUGGACUUCUUUGAAAUAGAAAAUAAUAUAGUGGUUCAUAAAAGCAACGACAACAGCAACUGGCACACUCCGAUUAUUAAUCACAACGAUGAUGAAGUCGUAGUCCAAAUGACGUAUGAUGACAAUGACGAUCUGAAGACUUAAGGCUAGAUUCGUAUGAACCCAAGCAGAGCCUCAGCAAUCGGUGCUACCAUUUAGAGUGCGAUUUCGGAACUUUGCGGAGUUGGCAGCAUCUAAAAGCAUCAUUAAGGUUACUGCAUGACUGUAAGUGCCUAAGGCCACAACAAUCACUCAACUAUUUAGCUUGACGGAGACAAAUCUGUUAAUGAUAACAGCUCGCUGCACUUUGUGUCCUUUUUCUCAGUGGCCGAAGAGUUACUAAUGAAGAAAAAUCUACUAGACGAGGGCAGAGAUUCAGGUCUCUCACACAACAAGAGCAUGAGUCAAGGCUACUACGAGAUUGAGGAGGAUACAGAGAGAAAUAAGAAUGAUGAGAACUUUGGAUCCCCAGAAAAACCAGACAGAAGGAGAGACCUCAACAACUGCAAGCCCUUCGGCUCUAUUUCAAACAGACCCAAUACUGCAAAUUUUUGCAAUAGCAACAAUGCAAGCAGCAAUAUUUAGUAUAACUUUGACAAGCAAGGCAACUUCAAUGAGCAUCUCUAGUAACUGCCUCAGAAGUACUCACAAAAUGCUAGUCCGUACAAGGCAACUGGCAUGAAGAGCAAAGCUUAGAGCAGGUCUCCAAUCAAAAAUAACAAUUAGAACAUUAAUUGCGGGGGCAUGCAGCUAAAGCCUUUAAUGGGGUUUGCUAAUAAUUAGUAAUACAAUAAUAAUGAUAUGGUCUAUCGCUAAUGA